AUUUCAAAAAGGGAGCUCUUUGAUGUUGUUUGCAGUCAGUCUGGAAUUGUCUAAAAGGAGGACUAUCAGGAACUUACUGGGACGUCCAAAGAGUGACCUCUACUGUACAAAUAAGCCUGAAAGCCCGUUCGUGUCAUUUAUCUGACGCAUCGGCUGGUUUUACGACGGUGUGCUUACACAAUGGCAAUUUCCGCCAGUUCGACUUGCAGCUCGCGACCGCGUUGAACUCGCGGUGUUUUGUGUUUACAAUUUCGGUCCAAACGGCCGCUUUUCCGUUCAAACCGCGUGUAUAUGUCGACGCCCGCGUCAGAUAAGGAAGAAGACAGCUUUUUGGGAUAAGUGCGGUUUAUUUUUGGUUCGGUUGACGUGCGAAAAUCCAGCUUGAGGCCCAGCUCGGCGAGCUCGAGCGGGGCACAGCUCCGAAAAGUUUGUUGUUGUCACGUGACGCGGUACGAAUGUGGCGAUAAAAGUUUGUUUAUGUAGUGAAACUAGGCGGCAUAUUACCCUUUUCAGAACCUCUUCAACGCAGUUUUACCCACGAUGCCUCAACCAAAAUACAGAAAGAUCGCCGUUAUAGGUUACCGGUCCGUAGGGAAAUCAUCUCUCACGAUACAGUUUGUUGAAGGCCAGUUUGUCGACUCCUACGACCCCACUAUUGAAAACACGUUUAACAAAAUGGUCAACGUGAACGGUCAGGACUUCAAUCUGCAGCUAGUCGACACAGCUGGACAAGAUGAGUACUCUAUUUUUCCACAAUCCCACUCAAUGGACAUCCAUGGCUAUGUGCUCGUCUAUUCAGUGACUUCCAUGAAAAGUUUUGAAGUCGUGCAGGUUCUACAUGACAAGCUGCUAGACAUGGUUGGGAAGAUUCAGGUUCCAACCGUUCUUGUAGGAAACAAAAAAGAUCUUCACAUGGAAAGGGUUAUAAAACCAGAGGAGGGAAAAAAACUAGCUGAUUCCUGGGGAGCUGCUUUCAUGGAGUCCUCUGCCAAAGAAAACGAGACUGCCGUGGAGGUUUUCAAGCGAAUCAUUUUGGAGAUGGAAAAGGCUGACGGGAAUGCGCCUCAAGAGGAGAAGAAGUGUGCAGUGAUGUAAAGGUUUAUGCAGGACACAGUGAGCUGAUUUACUGAAGACAUUAGGCACAACUUCACCAGCUUGCUAACUGUGGCCUCAUCGAUGCCGAGAUGCAGCAGAGGAACGUUUGUUUGUUCUCCGCUGAGAAUUCAGAUUGAUUCACACAGCAAAGCAGCUCCCAACAAAUGUUACCAAGAUCCCACUAAAUGUAACCAUGGCAAGAAAUGUCUAGAAAAGCAUUAGCCUCUGGAAGAAGCACCUUCACUGUGUACUUUAACGUUCAAAUGCAUUCUGGGAAUAAUUGUUAUGUUUGAUUUUCAAGAACUGGUCCAUGAUUUCAGCAGGUCUUCUUGACAGUAAUGCAAUCACAGUUCACAUUGCUUUAAAUGUGGUCACAAAAGUGGAAUUCCUUCAGCACUCUGAUAUUCAGCAUAAGAAAUCUCACCGGGGUUUCUCAGUUCUCACUGUAAGUUUUAUCUUCUCAUCUUCAGGUACCUUUCUCCCAUGACACCAUACUCUCUUGUAUAUUAAAUAACUCCUAUUUCAAAGAUCUGCUUCGCAGAUGUCUGUAAUAUAAUUUCUCCCCGUUCAGUGUGAUCAAUAUGUUAAGGACAAGAUUUGUAGAAAAAUAGAUAUUUCCUAUUUUCAAGUUAUGCCAUUUAUAUACAGUAUAAAUAGACUCUUAGGAUGUGAUUUGGUACCAUUGGUAAUAUCUGGACCGAGGCAAGCUUUUGCUCUCUUCAUUUUUCUACAUAGAGUACAAUCUUAGAUGUUUUUUUUUUAUAAUUAAAAAGAUUAUGAAUUUUCGGUUUUUUGAGUUGCAUUUUAGUAUUACAAAAUACUAUUGAGGACAGAGUUAGUUUAGUAAUUUUUAAGUUGAUGACUUUAACGUGCUUGAUAAAACCCAACCUUAGUGCCUGUGGCCUUUCUGACAAAUGGCUACUGUCAACCACUUGAACUCUCUUCUAUUUUUUUUUUUUUUUAUUAUUACAAGACCCAUAGCCUAACAGAGAUCUAAUGUACAGUAGUUUCUUUCCCCUAAAAGCCUUGUGUUGUAGCUGUAGUGGAUACUUCUCACUUUAUAAAUUGCUUUGCAUAAAUAGUUAAAUGGUGGAUAACUGAUGAUAUUUGAGAAGAAGCUGGUGAUGCUGUGUCUUGUGCCUUACAGAUGUUCAAACUCCUUCAUCUGCUUCCUUUCCUCGACUCAAGGUGCUCUUAAGUUUCUUUUUUCCCCCUCUAUUGACUUGACACCAUAGGUGCAGGUGUUGUGCACCUUAACACCAGUAUUCCCCUGUGGGUCAACGGUAAUUCAGAAAUCUUGCUGUAAACUGUUUUGUAAAUAAACAAAUCUGUCACUUG